AUGAUCAACAGUGUCAUUCCUCACCGUCUGCAGAUGUCAACCUGGAGUCCAUUAUUCUGUAGUAAUGUUGAUGGUUUCAGCUUUCAAAGACUUAUCUUUUUUGUUGAGAACAAAGGCCCAACUGUCAUCAUUAUCAAGGAUUCAGAGAAACAUGUCUUUGGAGGAUUUGCAUCUCAUCGUUGGAAUGCAUCAGCCAAUUUUAUUGGUGAUGAAGAAUGUUUUCUGUUUACAUUGUCCCCAGAGUUUAAUAUUUAUCUUCCAACUGGAUACAACAAGAAUUUUAUGUAUUUCAAUUAUGGUGUACACACCAUGCCUUCUGGAAUGGCUCAAUAUCAUCAGAGCACACUUGACCGUGAUCCAGCAGCCAAGGCUGUCCUCUCCCUGUUGGCUCGAGGCCCACACAGUGAAGGGUUGCGUCAAGGAGAUUCUUUUGCUGAACUUCCUGAUCAUCCACAAAUCCAAUUUUAA